AUUAUUUUUAUUUUUUGGGGCGACAUCAAAAAUAAAAUCCUGAGAACAAAGUUUGCCGUUUAAACAGUAUCAAAAAUACAUGGUACAACUUUGUAACAAAAUUCCUCAGUAAAAACAUUCCGGCAGCAAGCAACACGUUGUGUGUUCAUUAACAGAUAACCAAUUUGCAGCAAACAAAAAAAAACAAUUUAAGCGGACAUAUAACAAAUUUGCGCUCGCCGCCGGUUAAGUGUUUUUGUUGCUUGGAGCUUUUCUUUUUCGUGUACGGUGAUCUUCGAUUGCUAAAUUUCCACGUGCAGACACCCAUUACCAGAAGCUCGCUAUUUACUGCCACACAGAAGAUAAUAUCGAUCUGGCCAGUCAGUCAGUUACCGUAAUAUAGUCGUGCUGCUCUCAUUGGACAAGUGUUGGGCAAUAUCGACACACACACGCACACACGUUCCACAACACCGAAACAUACAUGCACACAUCUCUGUCGCACUCAGGCACAUACAAUCGUUAUACGGUCUCGGUCCGCUAAUAUCGUCAUCAUCAUCGUGUCGGUCUCUCUCACAUCCGCUCUGCAACAGAAAAAAAUUGAAUAUCGCAGCCGUAGUUGUCGUCGGGGCGCCGUUCUACUCGCAGUGCUGCAAUAUUUUCUAGACUGUAACUCGGACAAAAAGCUGAGAGCCAGAGAAAAAAUAAAAUAAAAUAGCCAGAACACACAGAGAAAAGUACAUAAAAAAAUAACUAAAGCCAGCCUAUCGCAGCUUUUGUGUUUCGUUUGGUUUUGCUAAAAAUAUAUAAAAGCAUUUUUCACUCUAGUUAAAACAAUCAAUUUUCUCAUUUCGUGUGCAAAUCGACAAAAAAAAAAGAACAAAAGCAAAAAUCGAGAAAGGAGAGAGAAACCUACAACACUAAUACCCACACACACUCACACAAACACACACACACAAGAAAAUCAAAUUUCAAUCAGAAAAUGGCGUUAAAAAGAAUCAAUAAGGAACUGCAAGAUCUGGGCAGAGAUCCACCUGCACAAUGUUCAGCUGGACCAGUUGGAGAUGAUUUAUUUCACUGGCAAGCUACAAUAAUGGGCCCGCCGGACAGCCCUUACCAAGGAGGUGUAUUUUUCUUAACUAUACAUUUCCCAACAGACUAUCCCUUUAAGCCGCCAAAAGUGGCCUUUACAACACGCAUAUACCAUCCAAACAUUAACAGCAAUGGAUCGAUUUGCCUCGAUAUAUUAAGAUCUCAGUGGUCGCCAGCAUUAACUAUUUCAAAAGUCUUAUUAUCAAUUUGCUCUCUACUCUGUGAUCCCAAUCCAGAUGAUCCGCUUGUUCCAGAGAUUGCCAGAAUAUAUAAGACCGAUCGGGAAAAAUAUAAUGAGCUGGCACGGGAAUGGACUAGAAAGUAUGCUAUGUGAUGCGUUCCAGAUUGCAGCAACAACAACAAAAAAAUAAACAACAACA